CAAAGUGGUUCGUCUGGAACAGACGCCGUGCACAAUCUGUCCGUGGGUCUCACACAAAAUUCUCCAGUGUCGACAUGAAGUGCGAACAUGAAAAUUCGGCAUCAUCAUGAUAGUGUAUGUGCGGUUUAACUCUGCUCAUGGUUUCCCGGUGGAGCUGGAGGGGGAGGCCAGUGUAGCUGAGCUGAAGGAGGAGGUGGCCAGACUUCAGGGGGUGCAGCCAGACGAGCUACGUGUCAUCUUCGCAGGCAGAGAACUGCAGAGUGACAGCACACUACAGGGUUGUGAUCUUCCUGAGCAGAGUACGGUGCAUGUGGUGCUGCCCCCUGUUGGUCGUGCGAGGCGUAGCCAGAUGGUUCUCCAGCAGCGGUUGGGGAGGGGCAUGGAGCGCCUCACCCGCCUGGACCUCAGCGCAUCCCGGCUGCACACCAGCUCCACCGGCCUGGCUGUCAUCCUGGAGGACCAGCAACAACACAGUCCGGACAGCUCACUCACACACACAGAGCCCAAGCCUCAUAGUAGCUUCUAUGUGUACUGCAAGGGUGUGUGUAAAAGCAUCCAACCGGGGAAGCUACGCGUGCACUGCAAAACCUGCAAGCAGGGAACGCUAACACUCAGCCGGGGUCCGUCGUGCUGGGACGAUGUUCUGCUCCCCGACCGCAUACAUGGGGUGUGCCAAUCUCAACAGUGUGAUGGCAGACUAGCGGAGUUCUACUUGAAGUGUGCGUCCCACCCCACCUGUGAGGAGGACACCUCAGUAGCGCUGGACCUCAUCAUGCCCAACGUCAGAGAAGUCCCCUGCAUCGCAUGCACCGACAUCAUGAGCCCAGUGCUAGUGGCCCAGUGUACUGACCGCCAUGUCAUCUGUCUGGACUGUUUCCACCUGUACUGUGUCACCCGACUCAACGAGCGGCAGUUCAUACACGACCUCCUCAUCGGAUACUCACUGCCCUGCGCAGCGGGGUGUCCAGACUCUCUAAUCAAGGAGACACAUCACUUCCGGGUGGUCGGGGAAGAGCAAUAUGAGCGGUAUCAGCGCUAUGCUACAGAGGAGUGUGUGUUGGGCAUGGGGGGCGUGUUGUGUCCUGCCCCAGGCUGUGGAGCCGGCCUGUUGCCAGAGGACCACCAGCGCAGGGUGCAGUGCGAACUGGCCGACGGACUGGGCUGCGGGUUUGUGUUCUGUCGUGAGUGUAAGGAGGAAUAUCACGAGGGUUCAUGUCGACAACGCUUCACUGCAGGAUCUUCAAACACAGCUCAGGGGUAUGUGGUGGAUGAGGAGGCGGCUCUUCGUGCCCGCUGGGAUCAGGCCUCUCAGCAGACCAUAGAUGAGACCACACGGCCCUGUCCCAAAUGCAAAGUCCCCGUCGAGAAAAGCGGUGGCUGUAUGCACAUGGUGUGUCCGCGUGCCCAGUGCAAGUUUGAGUGGUGCUGGCUCUGCCGGGUGGAGUGGAACAGGGAGUGCAUGGGGAACCACUGGUUUGGAUGACAUGAGUCACUCACACCAUGGAAACAGGCAGGCAGACAAGCAGACAGAGACAGACACACACAAGGGGAAAGCAGACAGACAGACACUAGGGGGGAACAGACAGACACUAGGCUGGAAAUCAACAAUGCACAAAAAUAUGAAUAUGUGCAAAGGUCCUUUGUAACGCACAGUUUGAAAUACACGUACACACUUAAGUGAAAGUCAACAAACAAUAAUUCUCAGGUCAGAAUCCCUUAAAUUCACCUCACAGAAAGCAUACUGUACAUUCAUGAUUGCAGAAUUUCACCCAACAACACAAAAACAAUGGAAAUGAGCCCAUGUGACAAUCGCUCACAGUUCGGUUACAGUUGUAGGCUGCAUUGCAUCUCACACAGAUGAUUUUGUUUUUGUGUAUUUAUAAAGGGAUUUAUUUAUUAAAGUCCUUUAAGGCAGCUCACAGCAACACCACACACACACACACACACACACACACACACACACACACACACACACACACACACACACACACACACACACACACACACACACACACACACACACACACACACACACACACACACACACACACACACACACACACACACACACACACACACAGAAUUAUGAAUGAGAAAAGUGUGCCAUUGUAUUAUGUGCAGUAAGUCCUGUAUCAAGAGGAAAUACCAAUCAUGUUUUAAAGACUAUCUGUAUGCCUUGGUGUUAAAUGUAUGUACUACAUUCACUACGCACAUGAAAUAAAUAUUUUAAUUUCCUUA